CCAUGCGCUAUAUUUCCUGGUAAUAUUCGAUGGUGAUUGUGAUUGUAAUUGCUUCUCCGCCUAUUCAACAUUGCCAUGAUAUGAUAUUGGGUGUCAUUGUGGUUUGCGGGGUAUGUCUCUUCCACUCACUCAUAAGGCGGUAAGGCGCAUGCGGUGGUUCGUGGCAGGAUAUUGAAACCUUUUCGAAGAGCACUGUCUCACCCAAGCCAGCAAUAUGUCAGGCCUCGAGCCACUUGCGGCCUUGGGCCUUGUUUGCAACAUUGUUCAACUUGUCGAAGUUGGCCUCAAAACGGCCACGCUCUGCAAGAAUGCUUACCGGACGGGUGAACCUGAUCCAGAGCUCAGCGUCUACGCCCAAAACCUCGCAGACACCGCUUCAAGCUUGACCCAGUCGCUGGAGGUUUCACAGCAGCCUCUCAACCUCGAUGACUCGAGACUCUUGACUCUAGCUCGGAACUGUCGAGAUGCCGAAGAAGAGUGGAGGAAGAAAACUCCAGCUCGCUUCCUUUCUCAACAAAAGCCUCGCAAACGAGCUCGCUUCGGAGCAGUUCUCCAAGGCAUCGUUAACAAACCAGAAAUCGAUCGUCUGGAAAGUCAACUACGCAUAGCCAAAGAGUCCUUGGAGACAAAUCUUCUCGUUGGUGUCUUCAAAGGUCUUGACAUCUCCAAAGUCCAGGCCUCAGACCUCCAAGACAAGCUCCAGACUCUCCUUCAGGCAUCUUCCGCAAGCGAAAAGGAACUUCAUGAUCUCAUCCAAAGACAAGUGAGCCUUAUCAAUACACAGAUCUCAGACCGUAUUAAUAGAGCGGAGGCAUCUACCAAGACUCAUGUCACAACAGAGCUUGCUAGUCAUGAGUCGAAACUCAUAUCACACGUAGACCGAGGCAGGGACACUAUUUUGAUACAAGCUGAAGCUAGAGAAAAUAGCCGAAGGGAGAACGAGGGCCAUGAACGACUCCUGCAAAGCUUCUAUUACCCAGACAUGAAUCAUCGGAGAAACAAUAUACAUUCCUCCCAUCAAUCGACGUUCAACUGGAUAUUCGAAGGAGGGCCUAAGGGCAAUUAUGGGGAACCAGAGGCUUCCCAAUCAGACUCACAGUCUGAAAAUUCGUUACACUCUUAUGCUCAAGAGCUUGUUUACAAGAACUUUGUCAGGUGGCUCAAAUCGACAGAAGACCGGUACUGGGUCAGCGGGAGGCCUGGAACCGGAAAGAGUGUGUUGAUGAAGUUCAUCAUCUCCCAUAGAAAAACAAUGGAGUCGUUACGACAAUGGCAACCCGACGUCCAGAUCCUCACUCACUUCUUCUGGAAAGUUGGCAGUCCCAUGAAAAAUAGUUUCAAGGGUUUCUUAUGCUCUCUGGCCUAUCAACUAUGCUCUUUAGAUAAAGAACAUGCCAUGGGUUGGCUCCAGCAAAACCCUGAUUGGUCUCGCAAGGCUGGGCCCGGUGAUUGGGACAACGAGGACCUCCAAUCCCUUAUUGCUAGUUAUUUAAGCCUUACAGCUCGACCUUUCUGUCUUUUUAUCGACGGACUUGAUGAGUUUGAGGAUGAUGAUGGUGUAAGCAUACUCAUCGGCUUUCUCGACAGUAUGCAGACAUCAUCACGACUAGUCAAGGUGUGUAUGUCAAGCCGCCUAGAACAAGGCAUACGGAUGCGGCUGUGUCGGAAUCCAGACAUGAAAAUGCAGAAUUUGACUCGAAAUGAUAUUAAGUGUUAUUCAAGGGCUAUUCUAAACAAGGAGAUAGCACUAGCAUCCUCUUCAAUCGACGUUGAAGUUAUUGUGAGAGAUAUCGGUCUUAUGGCAGAGGGCGUAUUUCUUUGGGCUGUUCUAGUAACUAGGUCAAUUGCCCGGGGAAUUAUGAAUGGCGACUCAGAAAGCGACAUCCACGAAAGAGUUUCGAGAACGCCGAAAGACCUCUACAAGUUAUACCUUGACAUGUGGGAGAGACUGGGUGAAGACGUGGAGCUCUACCAGGAAUCAACAGCAUUGAUUCUCAGCUUUAUCGUUAUGGUCUGGCGAAGCAAGUCAGCAUUCUAUCCCAGUCUCGCGACUGCGAGUCCAUACAUCUCGAUUUUUGAAUUGAUGGUGGCGUCGAGCGAUGACCUGUGGUUAACAUCUGUUGACUCGAUUGAUAGCCUACCAGUAACAGAUCUUCAGCAACGCUGUAAGGAACUAUGCGCAAGGGUGCCCGUCAGAUCAGCGGGCCUCCUUGAAGUCGUUGAAUAUACUCGGGACUACGAACGCUUUGGUACAAACCUAGAGACUGAUCCAGCCAUUCGGUAUAGGACUAUCUUGGUGAAGGCCGUUCAUCGUACUGCUAUCGACUUUUUGGUCGGGACAGAAGACGGAAAACAAAUCUUGAGAAGUCAUAUGAUGUCUCAGGAGGUGUUAUUCAUCAGGCUUUUCAGAGCAUGUCUUCUUCGAGAUUGCCUUUGGCCAGCUAUCCAGUUCACUGGCAAUAACCGGCCCUCCUUCAUGGACAAGUACCAAGGGCGUGACGCGAGUCAGCGUCUUGAUCGUCAUCUGAAAUCACUCGCAUAUCAUAGAGAUAUUCUCCAAGGGUCAGCUCUGGCCGAGAUGAUUGAUUUGAUAUGGGCCACUCAUGUUCACAUGAUUAAGAAUUUCCCAGCGCACAACCAUCCAGAAUUCCAUAUCCUAGUACCAAGAUGCAAAUUGGACUAUUUAUUGUUCAUGGCUCAAAAUGGAUUCGACGCCUUUGUCAAAAAUGGCCUCAUUGAAUGGAGGAACAGAGGGCGAAUCGAUGUGCUUUAUCGAGUCUUUUUAGUUUGCUUGCGGUUUCGCCAUCGAUGGCGUAACCGUGGUUGCGAUACCAGACUCGAAUUUGGUGGACGCAUCCGUCUCAUGGAGCAUAUCAUUAGGUCCAUGGCCGGUGCUGAUAAGUUCCAGUUCUUUGAUCUAGGAGGAAUGAAUAUCAGCAAUAAUGCGGUAGCAAAAAGGGCUACAACACUGUUUCUUAUCCAUGCUAUCAAUGCCUUCCGUCUUAGACAGGAACCUGCCUCCAGGCUCAGACUCCGUCAACAUUCAUGGAUUCCAUGGGAACCGGAUAGAAUCGAUCGAGUUAUCAGAGUGAUAGGUGAUUUCCGAAAUUUGCUCUGCUUUGCAGAUAGCUUGGUUAUUGCUGUUCAUCUCUGUGAGCCGAUUAGUGGUGACCUGCCAUUACAUAUCGGGUAUAGGCAUACAUACGCGUUUUGGGCGAAAGCUCUCUACGUGGAAAUCACCGUGUCAAUCCUGGCUCAGAUCUUUUUGCGGCAAGCAGUCAAGUAUAGUAAAGCCCAUCAAUAUCCCGAGAUCAAAGAAGAUCUCAGACUCGGGGCUUUCCCUCAGACUAUCAAGCCCGUCAUGCUGAGUAUGCGCUCAAAGCGCUUUCUAAUAUCCUCGGGCGCAGAUAAACUUAGUUUUGAAAGAUUCUGCCGGACCGCAUUGCUACUUGACUCAUCCGGAUCCAGGAAGCAAGAUUCCAACGAGGCCCACAGGUUUCAGAAAAUCGGGGAGGAACUUUUUGAUGAUGCUAUUACCAGAGCUGUGGAGAUAGCCGAUUCACCAAAGGGAGAUGGGCCAGACGGAAUGACUUUUAAUCUUUGUAGUACUUGUGAGACUGAGGAGAAUAACGUAACUAGGCAUAGUUCUCGGUAACAUGUUGUUAAAUCUUUAUUCGACUUAGAAGACUGCC